GGUACCCGGCCCAUCUUCGGGAUGCACAAAAAGAGGUGGCAGCGGAACCUUUCUCCUCCGCCUUGCUUUCGCUUCCACCCGUGCCCACUUGGCGCCGGACGCAGUAGCGGAGGCUUAAACAUGGAGGCAGCGGGCGCUGGGACGCGGGAGCCGUCGUCUCGGCUGGAAGCUCCGGCAUCCACGGACGACCGGCUUUUCCUGGUGAAAGGUGGAAUUUUCCUUGGUACUGUUGCUGCUGCAGGAAUGCUAGCUGGAUUUGUUACAACAUUAUCAUUGGCUAAAAAGAAAAGCCCCGAAUGGUUCAAUAAGGGAAGUAUGGCCACAGCUGCCUUACCGGAGAGUGGGUCUUCCCUUGCCGUGCGAGCUCUGGGCUGGGGCUCACUUUAUGCAUGGUGUGGGGUUGGUGUGAUCAGUUUUGCAGUCUGGAAAGCUUUAGGAGUUCACAGUAUGAAAGACUUUCGAAGUAAAAUGCAAUCAAUAUUUCCAGCAAUUCCCAAGAACUCUGAAUCGGCUGCUGAGUGGGAGGAAGCAUUGAAAUCCAAAUGAGAUGAGCGUGGAUGAAUUCCAAAAUGCUGUCACAGAAAGGUGACUCUGGACCCAUGAUGACAAUUCUGAUUCUCAGGAACAUGGGCAGGUUGUUGACCGAACCUAUGGGACGCCCUCCUCAUCAGGGGGGUGUGUGUGUGCACACACAUGCAUGUGUUGGGGGACGGUAAAGUUCUCCCAAAGUUAGAAGACUACUUAAAAAUAAUAAUUAUAGGGAUAACUUCCUUAUGUGGAGAAAGUCCAAGAGGAAAUACUUCUGUUUGUGACAGUUGCACUAAGAUUCAGUUAAAACCAAGUUUUGUCCCUUAAAGGAGUUUUAAUAAAAGUAUGAUAGAAAAUCUUUAUAGACAGAUCCGCUAAUAGCAGCCGUUCCACAGUGUGCCUAAUUAAGGAACUUUCCAGAUCAUUUCUUGCUAGUAGAUGACUGUCAGAAUUUGGAAGACUUGUUCCUAUUAGCCAGACUCCAAAGUGACAGGUUAACAGGUAAAUCCUGUAUACCAGGAAAUGGGUGUGGCUGCACAUUUUCCUGAAUGCUAUCUUGUCACAGCUGGCACACACACACUAGUUAUUUACCUGAUGGCCUCACUCGAAGGCCCUAUCAAUUCUUAUGCUUAGUAACAAAAAGUCAGUAAUGGAUUAUGAUCAUAGUUAGGCUAACAUAAUAAUAAUGGUCAUAUCAGGGUAUAAAAUGUAUUUUUUUGAGAAGCUGGUCUUAUCUCUGAAUGCUGACUGACAAUUUGUAGUUUGUUUUAGUGUCAAAGUAGAAACAGCCCAGUUGUCAUCUGUCUUAAAUAUUUUUAACGGGAAAGUCUCCUGAGUACACAGUCUCAGUGUUAAGCAUUUGGUUUCCCUAAUGAAGCUGCUGUGGUGAAUUCUCACAUGCACACCCAGCUCCCUCCUGUCCUCCGUGAUCUUUUACAGAAAACAGAUGGAGAAUAAUGCCUGCAUGCUCUAUUUUUUACUGGAGUUUAAAAUUUUUUAAAGAAGGGAAAUAGUUUAAUAUGUCAACAUGUCCAGAGAAAUAACCUCAAGUUAAUAUCAGUUGUGCAAUUCCUCUGUAAUUGCUUUGGCUCAAAUUCGUCAGCAAUCAGAUUUAAUAAAGUACAUUUGAAAUUUC